CAUGAUCUCAUCAUGUGUGCGAGAAAUGGAAAGCAGUCCGGCUAUUUCGGUCAAAAGUGUAAACUUAACGAUAACAGCACAGUUCCCUAUCGGAGUUUGCAUUGGAACCGUGUGAUAUUUUCGUACACAUCCGCGUCUUUGGUUCGACUUUUGCCGGUUUUCCAGCAAUAAUCCAGCUUCCUAUCCAGCUAAUUAGAACCCUGCUCAAUGAACCCAACACACAGACUGUUAAUGGUGCGAACAGUCGCAUCACAAAUUUUGAGAAAAAAGCUGCACGAUAUUCCAUUGUCGAAGGACCGCUACAACCUGAGGCGUAAAUCUUAUGCUACAAUAACCGGACAGGACAUCAACUUUUUCGAGCGAACUCUUCCCACCAAUAAUCAAGUUCUUCGAGGUGAAACGGAAGCAGCUGGCUAUAAUCGUGACUACUUCCGGUACGUUCGAGGCAUGUCGUCUCUGGUUCUGAAACCACGAUCAGCCCAGGAAGUAAGUUCGAUUUUAAAAUACUGCAAUGGACGCAGAUUAGCGAUUUCGAUUUUCGGAGGCAAUACCGGCGUGUGUGGAGGAUCUGUUCCAGUUUUCGACGAAAUUGUACUAUCUCUAGAGCUGAUGAAUCGAGUCGAAAGUAUCGAUAGAUAUUCGGGGACUAUGCUAUGCGAGGCCGGUUGUAUCCUAGGAAAAUUGGAACAAAAUUUGUCCGAAGAAGGUUUGAUGUUGCCCCUCGACUUGGGAUCGAAAGAUUCCUGCCAGAUUGGAGGAAAUGUGUCCACUAACGCCGGUGGCAUUCGAUUGAUGCGUUACGGAAAUCUCCACGGUUCGAUUCUGGGUUUAGAGGUUGUUCUGGCCGAUGGAACCGUUUUGGAUUUGAUGAGCACUUCUAGGAAAGACAAUACCGGUUACCAUUUGAAAAACUUGUUUAUCGGAGCAGAAGGAACUCUGGGUGUGGUCACAAAGGUCGCCAUUUGCUGCCCACCAGCUACUGUUACCCAAAAUGUGCUAUUUUUGGGACUUAAAAAUUAUGAACACGUGCUUAAGACAUUCCUCGAAGCAAAAAAGCUAUUGGGAGGGAUUCUAACGUCUUGUGAGUUGAUGGAUCAUUCGGCUUUGGAUUGCUGCAUAAAGCAUCUCGAGGCAGAGGCUCCGUUGGGCGAGUUUCCGUUCUACUUGCUCAUAGAAACUACUGGUCAACAUAAGGAACACGAUGAUGAGAAAGUGGAAAUGUUUUUGGAACAGGUUCUGUCAACAGAAAUAAUACAAGACGGCAUUAUGACAAGUGAUCCCUCGAAAAUAAAGAAAAUUUGGCAACUCAGAGAACAUAUCCCGACGGCCAUUUAUAGCAACAAUUUUUGCUUGACCUACGACCUUUCGUUACCGUUACGUCAUUUCUACGACAUCGUUCCCGAAACCAGACGCUUUGUGGGAGAUGCGGCCAGCCUGGUGUGUGGCUUCGGACAUAUUGGAGAUUCUAACAUCCAUCUUACAGUUGCUGGCGAUGAACUGACCGACGAAAUGCAUCAACAAAUCGAUAAGUUUGUGUACGGAUUCACUUCCAACCUUCGAGGAAGCAUUAGUGCGGAGCACGGAAUAGGUCUGCUGAAGACCAACUAUUUGGAGCAAUCAAAAUCGGCUCAAUCGAUAGCGCUAAUGAAAGAUAUUAAAUAUACAUUCGAUCCCAAUCAUAUUCUGAAUCCCUAUAAAAUAUUCAACUGACAACUUGAUUUGAUGUUCGGAUACAAUAAA